AUUAUUAAUUAUAAUAACUUUUAAUUUAAGGAAUUAUCUGUUUAUUCUAGCUUUCUGAGUUUUUUAAUUGAAGACUUAAAUUAUGGCCGGAAGAAUUCUCAAUAGGAAUUGUCUCAAGAUUAAACUUAAAGAUUUAGCCCUUUUAAGUGCAUCAGGAUGUAAAAUAACAAUAAGAAAGCAAUCUGCUUUAGCUGCUGUUCCCUUAUCAGACUUUGAAAUACAACACAAAACACCUUUGGUGAAGAAAACAAGUCCAAUACCUGUUGCUCAGUAUGGAGGUCGUCACCAGGUCACCAUGUUGCCUGGAAGUGGUAUUGGACCUGAGUUAAUGAAUUAUGUUCAAGAGGUUUUCAAGUAUUCAGGUGCUCCAGUUGAUUUUCAAGUAGUUGAUAUUGAUCCAAAGUCUGAUCAAGCGAAUGAACUUGAAGAUGCCAUUAUUUCUAUCAAGAGAAAUGGAGUUGGAAUUAAAGGAAAUAUUGAGACUCGCAGUGAAAGUACAGGAGUGAGGUCUAGAAACGUUGCUAUAAGAAAUGAAUUAGAUCUGUUUGUAAAUGUUUUGCAUUGCCAGUCUUAUCCGGGGGUUCCCGCGAAGCAAAAGGAUAUUGAUAUCAUGGUUAUUCGUCAAAAUACAGAGGGUGAAUAUGCCAUGCUAGAACAUGAGAGUGUUUCUGGAGUGGUAGAAAGUAUGAAAGUUGUUACACAAGAAAACUCAGAACGAGUAGCCCGUUGGGCAUUUGAAUUUGCCAAGAAAAAUGACAGAAAGAAGGUGACAACCAUUCACAAGGCAAAUAUUAUGAAAUUAUCUGACGGCCUUUUUUUGGAAAUAAAUCGUAAAAUCGCUAAAGAAUAUCCUGAGAUUGAACACAAUGAUAUGAUCAUUGACAACUGUUGUAUGCAACUUGUUUCAAAGCCCCAUCAAUUUGAUGUCAUGAUUAUGACAAAUUUAUAUGGUACAAUCGUUUCCAAUGUAGUUUGUGGUCUUGUGGGGGGAGCUGGUUUAUUAUCUGGAAGAAAUUAUGGUGAUCACUAUGCAAUUUUUGAACCUGGUACCCGAAAUACUGGAACAGCAAUUGCUGGAAAAAAUAUUGCAAAUCCUGUCGCAAUGUUAAACGCUUCUGUUGAUAUGUUGGAACACCUGGGACACAAAGCUCAUGCAAACCUUAUUAAGAGUGCAAUCCGUAAGACCAUAUGUGAAGAUAAAGUUCAUACUCCAGAUCUUGGAGGUACCAACAAAAGCACUGAAGUUGUGCAGAGAAUAAUCGACCACAUUCUGGAGGCCGAUGUCAGAGUUUGGUAAUAAAAAAUCAUAAAUUAUUUAGUGUGAAAAAACCUACCAGACAGCUGCUUGUUUUUGCACUAACAUGUGAUGUGGCCCCCUUUUCAAAAAACUACCAAAAAAACUGUAACUAGACUUCUUGCUUUGCAAUUUGUAAUAUACUAUUACUGAUGGUAAUGACAAUGGUAAUGGUAACAGUGUCUGAUAUUCUUGUCUUUUGUGACAUACCUGGGUUUUUUUCCUUACCAUUAUUGUUUUUAUUUUUUCUGCUAAUUUUUCCUUAACGGUAUUACUUAUCGG